AUGGAAUCCCUAAAGAGCGGUUCGGCCAUCAUCACCUGGCAAAGAUACAUCGAUGGCCGAAAUUCAGAGUUUAAGAUGAAAGUAGAAACAAGGCUAUGCUCCACUAGGACACAAGAUCUAGGAGAGACAGAUGGUCUCAAUAUAUCAAAGAAAGACACAACAAAAAAUAAAACAAUUAACGCUGCCAUGAAUCAAGCAGAAGCUCCAUCAAGCUGUCGGGAUCCUCCUACUUUGCAAAUACCCUCCGAUAAAAAUAGGAAGAGAGACGACACGUUUUCGCAAGGAUAG